UUAACAAGCAUUUCUGCCAGUUACAAAUAGUCCCUUUAAAUAAACCAUGAAAAAAAAAAAUUUAAAAAAAAAUUUUAAAAAAAAAUACCAAGGGCCCCUACAGCUUGCAGCCAUCGUGGGCCCUCCACCAAAAUGUAGACCUACGUCACCACUUCCGCCCAACACCCCCCCUCCCUCCUCUUCCUCCUCUUCCUCCUCCCUCCUCCUCCUCCUCCUCCUCCCUCCCCCGGCGUCGUUGGAGCUGCUCGGCUGCCUGCAAUCCAACAUGGAGUAGAGAGAGAUGGGGCUCUAGCGGGGCCACCCCUCGGUAACAAACAGCGACGACGCGCUUUUUACGCACAACUGGAACCGGAGUCGUCGGUGAAAAAACAUGCGCCUUAGGACUUAAAAACGGAGAGUGUUGUGUGCCUUGUGUGUGUGUGUGUUUGGAGAGAGAAGAGAAGAGAAGAAGAGCUGGAUUCGGCUACUAAAUAGUCUGUAUAGGCUACCUACUGGAGGCUGGUAAAGUUCUUGGAAAAAGGAGCAUUUGUGAUCCAGAAGCUGCUUUGAGGUUGGAAAAGUGCAGGAAAAAGAAGAGCCAGAGAGCAGACACUCCGCACACAAAGGCUUCAGGGGGGAUUUAUGCUUUAUGCGGAAUUGGAGACAGAAUAUCGGAGGUGAAAGAAUGACGAUGACGAGCGAAAAGUAUGCAACCGCCUUGGUACAUUACCUGAGGUGAAGCGAGAAAAUGAUAGAAGAAACACACCCAAACGAUGACAGCUACAUCGUGCGUGUGAAAGCGGUGGUGAUGACGCGGGACGACUCGAGCGGCGGCUGGCUGGCCCAGGACGGCGGCGCUCUGAGCAGGGUUGGCGUGUGCCGCCUCCUGCUGCCAGAGCUGUCGCUCAUGCCGACCUCCGGCAGCUCCCAGUUCCUCAUUCGUGGUGAGCGGCUUCGGGACAAACAGGUGAUCCUGGACUGUCCGCUGAGGAAGGACCUUGUGUACACCAUAGCAACGCCCACAUUUCACCAUUGGAAGGUGGAGGACAGGAAGUGUGGCCUGUCCUUCCAGAGUCCAGCGGACGCCAGAGCGUUCGACAGAGGGGUACGGAAAGCCAUCGAGGACCUGGCUGAAGGCUCCACAACCUCCUCAACAGCACUCCAGAAUGAGGGCGAGCUGGGUGACGACGACGUCUUCACCAACACCACAGACAGCUCAUCCAACUCCUCCCAGAAGCUGGAGAGCUCUCUGCAGCCGCUCGAGUCCUCGCCCCUUCCGCAGAGACACAAGUGCAUGCUGGGACUUCGCCACGACCUCCACGACCCCUACCGGCUCUCAGACCACUACUUCUUGGACCAGCCGUUGUCUCGGCUUCCCCGUCAUGUCACCUUCCAGGAGGACGAGGAAAUCGUGCGCAUCAACCCUCGGGAGCGCAGCUGGGAGCGCACCACCGAGCGUCACUAUGGACGCCCGUCGGAUCGCUCCUGGCUCACGGGCUACGAGGACUACCGCCACGCCACAGUGCGUGACAAGUUCAUCCAACCGGACGACUCCGAGUCUUACGUCCACUUUGCCAAGACGGAGUCGCAGAAGCACGACUACACCUAUCCUCUGGCACCGGCGCUGUCGCCCUCAGACUCUGACCCCGCCCUCGGACCCUUGGUCGUUAAGGACCACGGCGGCUCGUAUCGCCAGGGCUUCUCCUCUGUGGUCUCCGCCCAGCCUCGCUCCUUCCUCCCGAGCUCCUCGCCGUCCACCAAUGGCGGGAAGGGCCGGAAGGAGGACGGGUUGGAGCGCGCUCAGUGCGAGCACUGCGGCGAGGCCUUUUUCAUCUCCGACAACCGGAGAGGCCGGUGCCACGACGCGCCGGACCCCGUGCGGGCGUGCAUCCGGCGGGUCAGCUGCAUGUGGCUGGCAGACACCAUGCUCUACCACUGCAUGUCCGACCCAGAGGGGGACUACUCGGACCCCUGCUCCUGUGACGGAGGCGAGGGCAGCGGGGGAGGCCGGCUCGGCUCACGCUGGUUAGCUCUGCUCGGCUUGUCCCUGGUGGCGCCCUGCCUCUGCCUCUACCCACCUCUCCACGCUUGCCACCGGGCGGGGCUCAGGUGCGGCUGCUGCGGAGGCCGACACAAAGCCCUGAGCUGAGCAGCCGCGCUUGGAGACCUCUCAGAGGACAAACACGUAAACCCAACGCAAGCACAGGGAAAGGGAAGGACGGGGAAACACACAGAGGGGACAAGUGGUCACGGCUGCUCACUCUCUUGCCUUGGUUUCUCUGGGAUUCUCUACAAAUUCCAGACACUGAAAUAAGCCAAAAAAAAAAACUAUUGGUGCAUUUUCUGAACGGCCUGGGAAGAUAAGCUCCCCCUUACGGCAGACAGUUCUCUCAGCUCUCCACGUGGCCAUUUCAUGCUCUGUUUCUAGUGAGAGAGCACUCUUUUUCAGGGGGCCUUUUUUUUUUAUAGCUGACCUAUAUGUCAUGUAUCACAUAUGCAGGUACUUUAUACUUUGUACACUGACUCGGCGUCAAAGAACUUGAAUUGUUUCUUUGUUUUUUUUCUCUCCUUUUGAUGUACGCGUGGCCAUUUUGUUUAUUCCAAUAUCAGGCCCGCUCAGCUCAACUCCAGCUACAAGAGAAAUCA